AUGUUCUCCGAUUCAGACAAGCUCGUCGUGAGCACCAACGAAGCCUGCUUGCACAAAUCUGAUCUCAAGACUCUCAAGACAGAAGAAUGGUUGGGCGACAAUGUUCUCGCGUUCCAUGCAGAAUGGCUCGAAUCCCUUGGAGGACAGCUCUCGAGCGCCUCGUCCUCAAAGAACGUCAAGAUGUUUCCUCCUUCCGUCGUUGAAGUGUUGUGCACUCUCGAGAGCGCAGCCGCACCUGACGCGGCCUCAGUGGUGCCAAAACCAAAAGAGCGUUUCUUAUUGUUGCCGGUCAGCGACCGCUACGCUCCUGGCAGUCCCAAGCACGAGUCGUCCGGUAGCCACUGGAGUCUCUUGCUCGUCGAUGCUGCCUCUGGUGCUGGCUACCACCUCGACAGCUUGGGGGACUGCAAUCGAACCGCCGCGAAAUCGGUCCACUCUAGCAUCGACAGGCUCGUCAACCCACAGAACAGCCAGGCCCCAAUACCAAAGAAGGUCGACUGCCUCCAGCAUCAAGAGAACGGCAGUGAUUGCGGCAUCUACGUCUUGCUUCUCUCCAGCCUUUUGCAACGUCGACUCAGUUCGCCCGACGCUGCAUCGUACGACCUCGAAACGGUCGUCGAGACGGUAUGCGCUGAUGCCUCACCAAAGAACGUCGCUCGCUUCCGCAAGUCGUACCUCAAGUGGUUGCAAGAAUGGGGAAAGAAGACCCAUCACCACGAGCACGUCGAGCCUACUCAGAAGGUCAAGGCCAGCUUCCUUGACCUGUUUACGGAACUCGGUGUGGAGUAA